AUGGGUGAAUUAAGAAGAGGAGCAGCAGCAAUUGGUAUUGAUUUGGGAACAACAUAUUCAUGUGUAGGAGUGUGGCAACAUGAUCGUGUUGAGAUCAUUUCUAAUGAUCAAGGAAAUCCCACUACUCCUACCAUGGUUGCUUUUAAGGGUUCUGGGGAGCGUAUGAUUGUUGUUGAGAAUGCCGUUAUCACGGUACCCGCUUACUUCAACGAUGCUCAGCGUCAUGCUACCAGGGAUGCUGGCACCAUUGCUGGGUUAAAUGUAAUGCGAAUCAUCAGUGAACCAACCGCAGCUGCGACUGCCUACGGUCUUGGUACAAAGGAGACUAAACUUGGCCCAAGGAAUGUUCUCAUCUUUGAUCUUGGCGGUGGUACCUUGGAUGUUUCGUUACUCACCAUUAACGGGGGGAUCUUUGAAGUCAAGGCUACAGCUGGAGAUACCCACCUUGGAGGAAAUGACUUCAAUGACAGGAUGGUGAAUCACUGUGUGCAGGUGUUCAACAGGAUGUAUGGCAAUGACAUUAGUGGAGAACCAAGGGCUGUUAGGAGGUUGAGAACAACAUGUGAGAGGGCUAAGAGGAGUCUCUCAAGUACUAGUGACACAACCAUUGAGAUUGAUGCUUUACACCAAGGAAUCGAUUUUCAAAUGCUCAUUACUCGUUCCACAUUUGAACAGUUGAACAUGGACUUGUUUAACAAAUGUAUGGAAUCUGUUGAAAAGUGUUUGGGAGAUGCUAAGAUGGACAAGAGAAGCGUUCAUGAAAUCGUGCUCGUUGGCUGUGCUGCGGUACAAGCUGCUGCUCUUUUAAGUGGUGAGGAGGGUAAUGACAAGUUGCAGGACUUGGUUUUGUUGGAUGUCACCCCUCUUUCUCUUGGUAUUGAGGUAAGACAAGCUUUUGGGGAUGCAACCAUUCCGGUGAAUGAAGGUGUUAUGAGUAAAAUUAUCGCAAGGAACACAACCAUUCCCAUUAAGAAGAAAAGGGAGGAUGCCACUACUCAAGUUGACAAUCAAACUUCUAUCAGAUUCCCGGUUUAUGAGGGCGAGAGUAGUAGAAUCCGUGAAAAUAACUUGCUGGGCAGCAAGAGUCAGAUUACAAUUACCAAUGACAAGGGGAGGUUUUCCAAGGCCGAGCUCGAUAGGUUGGCUCUAGAGGCUGAGAAAUACAAGUCAGAAGAUGAAGACCAUAAGAAGAAGGCGGAGCUAAGGAACUCUUUUGAGGCUUACAUAAAUGACAUAAGGAUGAAUAUAAUCCCUAUAAUCAAUGGUAAGCGAUUAUCGUGUUACCAAAUGAGGAUCAAGGUUGCAGUCAACAAGGCUGUCGAGUGUUUGGAAAGUCAUACAUCAGCUGGCUUGGAUGAUAUCAACAGCCAGAUGAAGGAACUAGAGAGCGUACGUGAAUCUAUGCUAAACAGAACCAUUUCUAAUUAG